ACCACUCACUCACUCACUGCCUCCCAGUCAGGCAGCCCCAGGCUGUGCAGGAAAUAAAUCUCUCUGACAAUAGAAGAGUGAAUCUCCAGGCAAGAAAAAAAAAUACUCCACCUUUAAGAUCCACUUUUGAAUGCUCGUGGAAGGUAAAUUUUGCUCGUUUGCAAAGUUGAUGGCUGUGACAUCAAUGGAGUGAUAGAAGAAGGAACCGUCUUCUGUACCAUAUGGUUUCUGAAAGGCAUCAACAGAAUGCAGAGCAGAAGAUGAAGAGUUCUUCGCUGUACAGAUGAAUACAAUGGUCAUGGAGGUUGCAGCCCACCUGGAGCAGAUUUAGCAGAAAAUAGGCAAAGUUUUUCUUGUAGGAACUAAAGAUUGAAAUCCAUGGCGAAAUACUGGAUAGCCUAAGUGAUUAUGAAUAUGUUGUCCUGAGGUACAACCUAACCGAGUUGAACUGCCAGAAUUAUGGUUGGGGUAAAUACAGAUAGCAAAAGUGCUCUUGAUAAAAGCCAUAUUCUUUGAAGACUCGAUCAGAAAAGCUGUAUGAUUUUUUGGUAUUCAUGAGUGUGGAUCUGGAAGAGGUCAAGCAGCGUUUGCCCAUUUGAUGAAAACUGCUGAUAAAGGAUUUGAGAUUCCAACUUGCAAUCUGAUGGCAUUGGCUUCAAAUGAUGCAGCUUCAAUGAAGGGUAAAAAAAUAUUUUUCUGACAUAAAACAAAUCGGAUUACCAGGUGCCAAUAUAUUGGAUGUUAUUGCCACUUAGCAGACAUUUGCAGCAAAGCAAGUCUGUAUCAGCACCUGCAGUAGGACUUUUACUGAAUAUCUGACGGAUUUCACUCUGUUCCCUACAAGAAGAAAUCUUGGAGGAGUUUGCCAUUCUUGUUGACAUUGAGGCAUGUUAGGUGAUAAAGUAUGUGGCAACAAAGUGGCUAUGUAAAGUUUUGAAAUGAAUGGUAGCUAUGUGGUCAGCCCUUCUGUUGUAUUGUGUAGGUCAUAUGAGACCAGAGCUGUGUUGAUAGAACUUAUUUGCAAGAUUUCACAGAGUGGAAGUUAAGAUCUGAUUCCCUUUUCACAAGCACAAACUUGUACCUGUUCAUCAAUUCAUCAUUAAGCUUCAGAGCACUGAGACCUUCACUCUGCAUCGGAUUGUGUGCAUGGUAACUCGUUUAUUCUGGCAGACUAUCAAAAGGCUCAGUGUAGUUGCUACCAAGUAACAAACCCAGACUUCCAAGUGACUGGAACUGUUUUCUGCUUUUAGAGGAAGUUCAUGUUAGACUUGAAAUAUAACAGCAUACGGGAGAAACGUCACUGCCGGCAGAGUGACAGAAAGAAAUUCUUAUCAGAAAGCUGCAUUGUUCUACACAAAUACCCUUUCAAACAUACUGAAAAAAAAUUCUCAGUGAAUGAACAUCUACUGCAAAAAUGUGGGGACAGUACUGAAUGCUGCAUCCAAACUUCGCCUGUCGACCAAAGUGAUCGUGGCCAUUGCUGCUCAUUUUGGGAGUAAGCAUUACCAAGUUGGACUAUCUGGAGAUGGAGAACACCCGAUCCCUGAGGGACACAUACAAUCCGUAUCCAAGAAAACGGUGGGAGGUGCAUUGAGUUUCCUUCACGCUUUGAAGAUGUGGUCAGGGAUUUUCCUCGUUGCUUUCGGCCUUUUCACUGCUGCAGAGUUGCGGUCCACCACAACACAUAAGCUGUGUGAUGCAACUUCACCGUAUGCUCGUAAGGUACGAAUCAGCCUGAAAGCUGCUCUUGGAGACAAUGCAUACCCUUGGGAUGAUAGUGAAGAAUUCUACUUUCAAGCAACAGUGGCUUACGGCAUGCGGAAAUUUACAAACCGAUCGUUCAGUGUAGAUGAUGUGCACAUAUGUGAAGAAACCGUGAGGAUUUCAUUUUACUUUAUGGUGACAGGACCGGAAAACGUAUCUAAUCCAGUUCCGAGGAUACAAGUGGACGAGGCAAUCAAAAUGGUUAGAGGCCGAUUCAAUGAUGCCUUCUCUCUGGAUGACAGCACCCUGGAGUUUGUGGGUAUCAAACCCACUCUGCCCACAGUCAGUGAACCACCUGUUACUGUAUGGCUGAUCGUGUUUGGUAUUGUCAUAGGCUUGGUUUUGGUUGCAUUUAUUGCCUUAAUGGUCACUGGUCACCGUGAGAAAAUGAAGAAAGGAAAGGUACAAGAGGAGGAUGAAAACGAAGAGAUUGAAGACAAAACACUCAAAGGAACUGAAAACGGAGUGUACUGUACUGUGCUGGACUCAAAUGAUGGACUAAAAAAUGAAGCAUUUUGUCUAGAUGAUGAUAAAUUAACGCAGCUAUAAAAUAAGCCCUUCUCUACCUACUUUUCUCUAAAAAGCACAUUUUGCUGGCCCAUGUAACACAAUUUUUAAAGGAGAAAUUAACUCAAUGAGUAAGUACAGAUAUAAUUAAUAUUAAGCACUAGGUUAAUAUCUCAAGUUUUAAACAACUUUUACAUUUUGUUUUUAAGGAUAUCCUUUUUUUGUUGGAGAGACGUAAAAUUAUGUCUAGAUUGAUGGAGCCAAAUGGGAUCCCUUUUCAACGCAUCUGCUCAAUAACACUGAUGUCACUGCAUUCGACAAGCUGAUGGAAUGAGCUCAGUGAGUCACUCUCUCAGUGCUGUUGAGUUAUUGUGCUCUGUGCGCUCAUAGGAUUCAAUUUGUUGCUGUUCGCUAAGAGCUAUUCUGCUCUGUUUGGUAAGUUUGGCCCUUAUUUGUUACAUUUUACAAAUUUGCAUUUAGAAAUAAUUGUAAAUUAUUAACUAAUGUAAUUUUAACUGCAUAAUAAUAUUGCAUUAUAAAAUUUAAAUGAACUGAUAGUUUCAAUUUACUGCCCGAAGUGGUGGUUGAAUCAAAUAAGUAGCUUUGUGGUUAGAGCACUCGCC